UCAGACCAGGGACGGGAGAGGGCGCCGAGUCUGCUGCUGCUGCAAGAAAGAGACUGCUAGCCUGGAGUGCACUCUGACUUGUCUCGGAUUGCCCCAGAAUCCAUCUUCUCUCAGGGAUAAGACAUAUUAUGACCAUUAUUUUAAUGGAAGAUGAUUGAAAGUGAAAAUCUAAACCAAGACGAAUUCAUUAAAGAACUGUGUUUUUGCAAUGGUCUGUCUUAUGAGAUGAUUAGACAAGAAGGAUCAGACACUUCAAAACUGGAGAUGUUUUUCUCAGGGUAUCCCUGUAUAGUUGGAUUAACAUUGUUUCCUAACUUAACAAGUCUUACGAUUGUCGCGCAAGAUAUAAAAGAAAUUUCAGGGUUAGAGACUUGUUCACAGCUUAAAGAACUUUGGAUUGCUGAGUGCUGCAUAGAGAAAAUUGAAGGUCUUCAAGAAUGUAAAAAUUUGGAAAAACUAUAUUUAUAUUAUAAUAAAAUCUCCAAAAUAGAAAACUUAGAGAGAUUAAUCAAAUUGGAAAUUCUUUGGCUGAACCAUAAUACAAUAAAAAAUAUUGAGGGCCUGUACUCUUUGAAGAAUUUAAGUGAUCUCAACCUUGCUGGAAAUCUAAUAAGCAUCAUUGGUCGAUGUCUUGAUCCCAAUGAGAAACUAGAAAAACUAAACCUUUCUGGUAACCAGAUAAGUUCUUUUAAGGACCUUACUAACUUGAGCAGGCUUCCUUACUUGAAGGAUUUAUGUCUGAAUGAUCCUCAGUAUAAAACCAAUCCAGUGUGCCAGCUGUGUAAUUAUUCCACACAUGUAUUGUAUCACUUGCCGAGUCUUCAAAGACUUGACACCUUUGAUGUGUCAGCAAAGCAAAUCAAGGAACUGGCUGAUACUACAGCAAUGAAAAAAAUAAUGUAUUACAAUAUGAGAAUAAAAACUGUUCAGAGGCACCUUACUGAAGACCUUGAAAAACUGAAUGAUAGAAAAUGCAAAUUGCAGAAGUUGCCAGAAGAAAGAAUAAAGUUAUUCAGCUUUGCAAAAAAAACGCUGGAACGGGAACUGGCUGAGCUCCGGGGGUUUGGCAAAGGCUCUAGUGAUAAAUCCUUUAACAAUAAAGCAGCUGAACCUGAAGCACUGAAGGAAAAUAAGCCUGCCACAGAAAACACAAGCCUACAUCAGAAGUUAUUGACCAAAUUAAAUGCCUUGAAUGAAAGGGUAACAUUCUGGAACAAAAAACUAGAUGAAAUUGAAACAAUUUAUCGUAAUGAAGUAAAACAAAAGAAGAGAAGUCAUGGGUUACUGAUCCCAUUUUUGUUAAUUGAAUUGGAGACUGUGGGAAACAUACAUUUUGAAGAAGGCACUCGAGCUAAUGAUUGGUUUAAUUCUUGCUAUGAAUUGAUUUUGUCACGUUUCUGUACAUGGGACUUCAAAGCAUAUGGUAUUACAGGAGUGAAAGUAAAACGGGUGAUUAAAGUUAAUAACCGUAUUCUGAGACUGAAAUUUGAAGAGAAGUUUCAAAGUUUUAUCGACCGUGAAGAUUUACAUAACUCAAAGAACUAUCAAAAGAUGCUGGAAUGCCUUUUUUAUGUUUUUGAUCCAGAAGUUACAGUGAAGAAAAAGCAACUGCUCCAAAUACUCGAAAAAGGAUUCAAAGACAGUGAUGCAAGCAAGCUGCCUCCCACAAAAGAAGCUGUUAUUCUUGCUAACAGCCUAAGUGUAUGUGAAUGUCCCCGAUUCGAGUUGCUACAGCAAAAGCACAAGGAUGACAAGAAAAGCUCAGUUGAACACGAGCUCUUCAGACACGGGAUCCUCCUCAUUACGAAAGUUUUUCUUGGCCGGACUGUUCAGGCUCAUGAACAAGACUCCAUCACUCAAGCCAACUAUCCUCUGGUUAAUUCAGUUUACAUCCCUCAGAAGUAUAUACUAAAUUCUGUCUCAGGACAAAGAAAUUGUGAUUGUGGCUUUCGACAGUACAAGUGGUUUGUCUUUGAUCAUGAACUCGUUUUGCCAGAAUACAUCGUUGAAUAUGAGUAUAUCACAAUGGCCAAGGCUCACUCCUUAUUUUCUUCACUCAACAAUGCCAUUCUAGAAGAAAGCAAGAAAUUUUCAGAAGGAUCAGUAUUAUCCCAAGAUUUGAAGUUUGAUGAUGAAGUUAUGAAAAUGGAGCCCAGGAUUAAGCCCCGAACAAAACUUAUUGCUUUAGAUGAUAAAACAAUAGUUUCUCUUGCAAAGACCAACAUUUACAGUCAUAUUGUGAGCCUAAAUCUACAUGGAAACAGUCUGAGUAAACUGAGAGAUCUUGCCAAGUUAACAUGGCUUCGAAAACUGAACAUUAGCUUUAAUGAAUUUACUUGUUUAGAUGAUGUAUACCACUUGUCUAACCUUGAAUAUUUGGAUGCAAGCCACAAUCAUGUGAUAACCCUUGAGGGAUUUAGAGGUCUGAUGAAACUGAAGCACUUAGACUUGAGCUGGAACCAACUGAAAAAAUCUGGUGAUGAAAUUAAUGUGUUGUGCAAACACACCACAAGCCUUCUCACUCUUAAUAUUCAACACAAUCCAUGGCAAAAGCCAGCCACAUUGAGGCUGAGUGUUAUUGGCAGAUUAAAAACUCUUAAACAUUUAGAUGGCCUCCCCAUUUCUGAAGAAGAAACAACAGCAGCUAUGAAAUUUAUUGCUGGAUCAAAGAUUAGCCAGUUAUCUCUCUUGCAGCAUUCUAGUUCUAAAGAAGAGAGACCACGAGUACUUAGUAUACUGCCUACUGCCAAAAUUCUGACACAGAUUUCAAGGUUAGGACCAUAUUUACAUCUAAGUGGAAACUGGCACCUAAAGAUAACUGCCUUAAAUUUAGAUGGACAACAUCUCUUUGAAAUCACCAAUUUAGAAAAAUUGGAAAAUUUGAAAUGGGCAUCCUUCAGCAAUAAUAAUCUCACUAAAAUAGAGGGCUUGGAAUCCUGUGUUAAUUUGGAAGAGCUCACAUUAGAUGGGAACUGCAUCUCAAAGAUAGAAGGCAUUUCCAAACUAACUAAAUUAACCCGUCUCAGCCUAAAUAAUAAUCUUCUCACUGGCCUGGAAAAGCAUACAUUUGAAAACAUGCUUCAUCUCCACUUCCUUUCUCUUGAGAACAACCGGAUCACUUCACUCAGUGGUUUACAAAAAACGUUUACGCUGCUUGAAUUAUACGUAAGCAAUAACUAUAUUGCUGUCAAUCAAGAGAUCUACAAUUUAAAGACAUUAUGCAACUUGGUCAUCCUAGAUCUAUAUGGAAACAUUAUUAUAUGGAAUCAAGAAAAUUACCGGUUGUUUGUAAUAUUUCAUCUUCCAGAACUGAAAGCUUUAGAUGGCAUCGCAAUUGAACCACCAGAGACUGAAAGUGCCAAGGAUUUGUUUGGCGGCAGACUUACGUCAGACAUGAUUGCAGAACGACAAGGACAUUCAAACUUCACCCAGAUGCAAGAACUAAACUGGACUUCAUCAUCUAUCAGAACUGUAGAUUUGAUUCCAGUUGACCAGUUUAUAAAUGUGUUUAAUGUGAAUCUACAGAACAAUCAUCUGACCUCAUUUAGUGGGCUCAUCUAUCUUCCUAAUAUACAGGUCUUAUGCCUCAACUAUAACCAUAUUGAAUCAAUCAUACCUAGAGCAAAGCCACAGGCUCACUUAACCAACAGACAACUGCUCUACCAGAAAGUACCUUCAAGUGGCUAUGGGCAGCAAGGACCUUCAAAAAUAAAUAGAGAUACAGUGAGCAGUGAAAAUCUGCCUCCCAUAAUGCAAACUUUAGAGGUUCUUCAUUUGGGAUACAAUGGAAUUUGUAAUUUAAUCCAGCUACAACUUAACAGAUUAGUAAACUUAAGAUUCCUCUUUUUACAGGGGAAUGAAAUCUGUCAGCUUGAAGGGCUCGACAGCCUAGUGCUCCUUCAGGAGUUGGUAGUAGACCACAACCGCAUCAGAACAUUUAAUGAAACUGCUUUCGCCAAGCCAAGUGCUCUGCUAGCACUUCACCUAGAGGAAAACCGGAUCCGAGAGCUGAGCAAACUGCAGUCUUUAGAAAAACUAGAGAAACUCUUCCUAGCAUAUAAUAAAAUCCAGGAUAUUGCAGAACUGGAAAAACUUGACGUUAUCUCUUCUCUCAGAGAGCUUACUGUUUAUGGCAAUCCAAUUUGUAGAAAAGUGCUACACCGCCACGUGCUCAUAUUUCGACUGCCUAACUUACAGAUGUUAGAUGGAAUUCCUAUAACCUCAGAGGAUAGGGCAAAAGCUGAAUUCCACUUCACUGAAUUCCAGGCAAGAAAAAACUCGAUAAUUCCACUUGCCAGCUCUCCUAUAGAUGGGUCAUUUUGCCAAGUUAAAGCAUCUCCCAUUAAAAUAACAAAUGUAAUAUUACCUGAAGGAUUUAGCCAUUACUUGGGACAUGAUUUCACCUUAACUCCUGACGUUGAAGAGUUCCUGGGAGCAACUUUUCAAGAUCAAAUCGAAUGUAACUGCCUCAAGAGAAAUAACCAUACCAGGAAAUCUCUUUCUUGUAGUGGUUGUAGAAAAACUAGCAGACAGUGGCCAGUGGGGGAAAAAGCUAAUAAUCAUGUUACUUAUGUUACUGAGGCACUUCAGUUCCAUAUGAAGAUAAUCUAUCACCCUUGAGAAUUUAAGAUCACCUCUCUUAAACUUUCCUUAUGGUUACCUUAAUUAUUUGCUUCAAUUUCUGUAUUCUAAAAAAAUCAUGAACUACUUUUAAAAAAAUACGCCAACAAUUUUAAAAGGUUAAAGUGGCAUGAAAAAAGGCCAAGGAUUCAAGUGCUUAGUUCUGGUAUUAGAAGCAAUAGGGUCUGUCAUAUAUAAAGAUAUUAAGGAAGGUAAUUUUAGGAAACAAGUGUACUUUCAUUUGUAGAAUAUCUAUUCAUUUGGAGUUACAUGAAACUAAAGUAUACAUUUCUUGCUAAAUACAACCAUUACUAAAACAAGAUGAGUUUUGCUAGUUCAGUUUGCUACAGGUUAGUUUUUAGGAUUAUACUUCAAAAAAAUAACAAUUUCAAACCAGGCUUACCCUCAAAAUUGUUUAGAGAUACAAAUAUUGAGUAUCAAAACUAGUUUCAAAAUAUUUCUAACCAUGAGUGUAACCAGUUAUACUUCUCUUAAGAAUAAGAGAAAAGAGUGAAUUUCAUAUGCAAAUCGUUAACCAAGCCUACAGCAAUAUUUUUUAAAGUAGUUUUAGUGUAAAAAAAACUGUUCAAAUUCAGUUUUGUCUUUUAAAAUCAUAUUUCAGUGGAAACAAUUUUUCUAAAUUAUUACAUUGCCUGGAAUAUCACAAAUUAAUCAAAUGUGGUUUGAAUUUACUUAUUUGGUAAAUACAAUUCUUUCAUAGAUGACUAAAUUGCCAAUCACAUUUUGACAUGAAUUGGCUCAUGAUUCAGGAAGUGUUCCAUGUUUAAAGUAUUGGUUCCAUACUGCAUAUAAUUUUCAUAGUAUUUAUAGUUUUUGCAUUAAAAUGUAUUGUUUUUACCCAAAUAUUUAUACAUAAUAAUCUAUCUUGAAAUAGUUUUAAAGGUAUUUUGGAAAUGAUAAAAUUCCAAUGUAUAUGCAACAAUUUUAGAUUUUUUUUCUUUUAA